AUGGAGCUGCAGCUUCCACCCCAUGAAGGAGACGAGCUCUUUGUGGUGGACAUGCACACAGGAGGAGAACCUCUACGCAUCAUCAUCAGCGGCUACCCAGAGGUCAAAGGUGACAGUGUGCUCUCCAAGCGCCGCUAUGCCCGGGACUACCUGGACCACUUCAGGAGGGUGCUGAUGUUCGAGCCACGGGGACACUACGACAUGUACGGAGCCCUGGUGGUGGACAGCGAGCUCCCCGAGGCUCACCUGGCCGUGCUGUUCCUGCACAACGAGGGUUACAGCACCAUGUGUGGACACGCCAUCAUCGCACUGGGACGCUUCGCCGUGGACUACAAACUGGUGAAGGAACCGCAGUCCCCGGAGACACAGGUGAACAUCCACUGUCCCUGUGGUCUGGUGAAGGUGUUCGUUGAGUACUCCGACGGGAAAACGGGGGGCGUGAGGUUUCAGAGCGUGCCGGCGUUUGCAUUUGCGACAGAUGUGGCUGUGGCGGUGGAGGGAUUUGGAGAGGUGAUGGUGGACAUCAGCUAUGGAGGAGCUUUUUACGCCUUCGUUGAUGCUCACAGGUUUGGCCUGGAAGUGACAAAGUCCAGGACUCGAGAUCUUGUAGACGCAGCAACAGCGGUGACCAAAGCAGUGAAAGCUCAGGUGAAGUUGCAUCAUCCCACCAGUGAUGAUCUGGCCUUUCUCUAUGGCACCAUCCUCACAGACGGCAAAGAUGAUUACUCCUCUGAACCCACGGCCAAUAUCUGUGUGUUUGCAGAGGCUCAGGUGGACCGAAGCCCAACCGGCUCAGGUGUCACAGCUCGAGUGGCUCUUCAGUACCACAAAGGUCUCAUCCAGCUGAACCAGACCAGGACGUUUCAGAGCGGAGCCACAGGAUCCGGGUUCACAGGAAAAGCCGUCCAGGAGACCGUGUGCGGAGACUUCAAGGCCGUCGUGGUGGAAGUGGCGGGCAGAGCUUUUUAUACCGGAGUUUCACGCUUCGUGCAGGAACCAGAAGAUGAGCUGAAGCACGGCUUUCUGCUGAAGUGAGCACCUUUGAACAAACUGGUCUUUAUUUAAAACUCACAUUUUAAAUAUUAAAAAGAUA